CAAGGGAAACGAGGGAAAUUAGUUCACAGUUCCAGGGGUAGCCUUCACACGCUCCCUUUUUUUUCGUGCGCUAACUGAUCUUUUCUUCUUCACUCCGCUCUUCAAACGCACUGUCUCAUCGGGUAUCUUGCCAAUCGCUUCUUCACAAGCUGCCACAAACAUUCUCGUGAAUCACCGCAGGAUGGCCAUGGAAGCAACUCCACGUCCAACUACUCCCAGUGCUGAAGUGGUUGGAAAUGCAUUUGUUGAGCAGUACUACCAUAUUCUUCACCAUUCACCAGAAUUAGUCUAUCGGUUCUAUCAAGAAUCUAGUGUACUAAGUCGACCUGAUUCUAAUGGGGUGAUGGCAUCAGUGACAACAAUGAAAGGUAUCAACGAGAAGAUCCUUUCAUUAAACUAUAAAGACCUUAAAGCUGAGAUAAAGACUGCUGAUGCUCAAAAGUCUUACAAGGAUGGAGUGACUGUGUUGGUGACUGGUUGUUUGACUGGCAAGGAUAACCUGAGAAGACAAUUUGCACAAUCAUUCUUUCUUGCUCCACAAGACAAUGGAUAUUUUGUUCUGAAUGAUGUUUUUAGGUAUCUAGAAGAAUGCGAACCAUCAGAACAGCAUUUGAUCAAUGCGGUUGAUGAUGCCACUGAUGUUCUUAUAACUUCUGACCCAGACAACAGUCAUGUUUCUGAUCCAUCUGCACCAGACCCUGCAAAUUCUAAUGCGAACAAGGAUCAAAAUGGUGCUGAGAAUGCUUAUGGGCCAUCUAAUCAUGAAAGACAAUCAUUUGUUGAAAUCGAGGGUGUUGAAGAGCCCCAGUCUAAGUCAAACGGCGUUGAUGUUUCUCAGGCCACAGAAUUGGCUUCUUCAGCUCAAGAGGACACUCCAAAGAAGUCUUAUGCAUCUAUCGUGAAAGUCCUUAAAGGAAGCUCAGAAUCAAGUAAAGUCUAUGUACCUACUAAUGCUGUAAAAGUGGUGCCUAGAAAAACUGAGAACCAGUCAGUUGAGCUAGCUGAAUCUGCUGCUGCAUCUGAACCUGAGAAAGAACCUAACAGUGUCACUGAAAGUAGUAAUAAUCAGGACGAAGUUGAAGGGUAUUCCAUUUACAUCCGAAAUUUGCCCUUAAAUGUGACGGCUUCUCAGUUGGAGGUGGAAUUCAAGAAAUUUGGACCCAUCAAGCAAGGAGGUAUCCAAGUCAGAAAUAAUAAGCAGGGAUACUGUUUUGGAUUUGUUGAAUUCCAGUCUCCGAGUUCCAUGAAUAGUGCAAUUCAGGCUUCACCUAUUACAUUUGGGGGUCGUCAGGCUGAAAUUGAGAUGAAGAGAACUACUAAUCGAGUCGGCACUGGUAAUCCUGGAAGAGGUAGGUUCCCAGCUGUAAGAAGUGGGUUUCGAAAUGACUUCAGGGGCCGUGGCUUUGGCAGUGGUCGAGGGCUUGGUCGAAUUGAUUAUGGAAACCCAGGAGAGUUCUCCGGAGGAGGUUGGGGCCCUGGAAAUCGUGGCAGCGAAGGUUAUCAUCAAGGGAGAGGGAGAGGGAGAGGUUGGCGCUCUGGUGGACAAAGGCAUAAUACUGUUUCCUGAGAACAUGGGAUAUUGUUAUUGACAAACUCAUGACAAGGUUGUCUUGUGUGGCUCGUUGAUUUGGUAAGUUGUUAGAAACACAGGCGCAGGCUGGUUUGCAUGAUCUUCAUGCGGUGCACAAGCAGCAUCAAGAGCAUCUGAUGUUUCCUUUGAUUAACUGCACAGUUGUAGUAGUUUGUAGUUAUAAUGCAAUGAUCCUUCUAGUGGUUUUAGGAUAUUAGGCAGGUAUCUAGUCAGUAGCCACUAAGAUACACUUUUUUUUUUAAUUAUUAUUAUAUUCAUUUCUAUAUAUGACGGAAACAAAUGCCUAUGUCGGAUCUGUUGGUUCCUCCCUGGGGUCAGUUUUGACUGGAGUUGAGAUUGAAUUAGCUGCUCCAUUGGACAACCAAUGGCGUUAGAAGUGAACAAA